AUGCAGAAGAUGUUCGCUGAGGCCGAGAUGAAGAGGGUCCAGAAGUUUGCCCUGGACGUGACUCUUGAUCCUAAAACAGCUCAUCCUGAACUCAUCCUGUCUGAUGACGGGAAGCAAGUGAAACAUGGUGAUGUGACGAGGAAUCUCCCAGACAACCCAGAGAGAUUUUCUCAUUAUAAUUUCGUGUUCAUGCAGAGGCGCCUCUCGGGCAGAUUUUACUUUGAGGUUGAGGUUAGAGGGAAGCCUAAAUGGAAUUUAGGAGUUGCCAGAGAGUCGGUCAACAGGAAGGGACCAAUCAAAAUGACACCAGAAGAUGGCAAGUGGGGCAUAUGGCUGAGAAAUGGAAACGAGUACAAAGCUCUUGACGAACCGUCAGUCCGUCUCUUUCUGCAGUCUGGGCCUCAGAAGGUGGGGGUGUUUGUGGACUAUGAGGAGGGUCGGGUCUCCUUCUAUGACGUAGAAGCUGCAGCUCUCAUCCACUCCUUUGACGGCUGCUCCUUCAAGGAGAAACUCCUCUCGUUCUUCUGCCCCUGUCGGAAUGAUGGCGGUCACAACUCCUCCCCUCUGAUCAUCCGUCCCGUCACUCAAACUGCCUGAUCUUUUAUUUAUGAUCAGUGAAGAGUCGUCAGCGUAAACAUAAACAUAUUAAAUUGAUCUAAUAGGCACACAAAGUAUAUAUAUAGAUACACAU